AUGGGAGCAGAACAUACAAUACUACUGUUUUACUGUAAUUCUAGAUGGCUAUCUAAAGGCAAUGAACUUUCAAGAGUAUUCGAACUUAGACAAGAAAUUUAUUCUUAUUUAAAUAGAGAAGAGCAUCUGAUGAAUCUUGAAACUCAUUUCAUGAAAUAUUUCCCAGAAGAAAUGAAACAGUACUAUUGGAUUAAAGACCCGUUCACUGAAAAACCACCAUCAAAUUUCACAACUACAGAAGAGGAACAAUUAAUCGACAUUUCAUCUGAUUCUUCAUUACGAAUGCAAUUAUCUUCAUAUUCACUUUUAGGAUUUUGGAACAGUAUUAAAGAUGAAUAUCCUGAAGUUAGCAACAAAGAUUUACGUAUAUUAAUACCAUUUGCCACUUCGUAUUUAUGUGAAGCAGAAUUUUCAGCUGUAGCCAUAUUAAAAUCAAAAUAUCGAUCCACACUCAAUGUGGAAAAAUAA